UAUUGUUCCCAACCCUUCAACGCACUGUAAACUCAAUUAUAGUAUUGGGUUUGUAGUGCAUUAUGUGGAUGGGGCGUGAGGUGAGGUGCUGGUGGUUUCAGGCAGAACUCUGAAAAAACGCCUCUGCAAAAACCACGACCAGAGGCAACGCACACGGAACCCACAAAUUCGCCACUUGCCUUCCUCCCUCUCAAUUUAAAGUAGACCUAUUUCCCGGGUUCUUGCGCCGUUCCUGAAUUUCGCCCGCUGGAACAACACCAGGGGGCGGCACAACAAACGCCCAGCUUCCUUCAGAGAAGCGCGGCUGGCUCGAACUUUUGGAAGCGAAUGGCUUUGUGCCUCCCUCGCCAAGUUUUUGCCCGACGGGCGGCGCGUACGCAAAGCGAGACGGUGGGACGGCGGCUGCGGCCAGAGGUAGCCCUGUGAGGCUUGAAGCAGCGGCGGCUUCCAAUCCUGGCUGGCUACUUCAGACUGAGGAGAGAGAGUGGGAGAAAGAAACGAAGCGAGGGAGCUGUUGCCAGGAGGAUGUGGAGGCGGCGGCGUAGGUUGCCAUCGCUGCCGACUUCGUCCGCUUGGUGCAGGCGCUGCGCGGCAGGCGACAUCGCUGUCCUCUCGUUGCUUUUGCUGCUGGCGGGGCCGCUGAGUGCCUUCAACCUGGACGAAGAGAAGCCCGUCGUGUACAGCGGACCCGAUGGCAGUUAUUUCGGAUACGCGCUGGAUUUUUACAGCCCUGCACCGAAUGCAGUAAGUGUCCUAGUUGGAGCUCCUAAAGCGAACACAACCCAGCCAGACAUAGUGGAAGGAGGCGCCGUCUACUAUUGCCCUUGGCCAGCUGUGGAGUGCAAACAGAUCCCUUUUGAUAAUAAAAAUAAUAGGAAAAUCAAAGUCAAUGGUACAAGAGAACCUCUUGAAUUUAAAUCAAAUCAGUGGUUUGGAGCAACAAUCAGAACUCACAAAGAAAAAGUUAUAGCUUGUGCUCCCUUAUAUCACUGGAGGACUCUGAAGGCUGCUCCUGAAAAAGAUCCAGUGGGCACCUGCUAUGUUGCUAUUCAGAAUUUUACUACCUAUGCAGAAUAUUCUCCUUGUCGCAACAACAACCCAGAUCCUGAGGGGCAAGGUUACUGUCAAGCAGGAUUCAGCUUAGAGUUUUAUAAGAAUGGAGAAUUCAUAUUAGGAGGGCCUGGCAGUUUUUACUGGCAAGGUCAGGUUAUCACCAGCAACAUUGCAGAUGUUAUCACAGAUUAUUCCUUCAAGAAUAUUCUAAAGAACCUAUUACAGGAAAAGCAAACUGGAGUGGCCCCAUCUAUAUAUGAUGAUAAUUAUUUGGGUUACUCAGUGGCUGCUGGUGAAUUUACUGGAGAUCUUCAUGAAGAGCUGGUAGCUGGAGUUCCAAGAGGUGCAAAGAACUUUGGCUAUGUCACAAUCAUAAAUUCCACAGAUCUGACCUUUAUUCAGAAUUUCACUGGUGAGCAGAUGGCAUCUUACUUUGGAUAUACAAUUGCUGUGUCAGACAUUAACAAUGAUGGUAAGGACGACAUCUUAGUUGGUGCUCCUCUCUUCAUGGAACGUGAAUUUGAGAGCAACCCCAAAGAGGUUGGACAAGUGUAUCUAUAUCUGCAAGAGGCUGUCUUGUCCUUCAAGGAAGCACAGAUACUGUCUGGCACCGAGGCUUUUGGUCGAUUUGGCAAUUCUAUUGCGCCCCUGGGAGAUCUCAAUCAGGAUGGUUAUAGAGAUGUCGCCAUAGGCGCUCCAUUCGCAGGAGAAGAUCAAAGGGGGAGGGUAUUCAUCUACAAUGGAGACAGAAAUGGGUUAAACCCUAACCCUUCCCAGAUUCUCAGUGGCCUGUGGGCUUCCCAAUCUAUGCCUGCAGGAUUUGGAUUUACCUUGAGAGGAGACUCAGACAUAGAUCAAAAUGAUUAUCCAGAUCUAAUUGUUGGUGCAUUUGGAGUUGGAAAAGUAGUUGUUUACAGAGCAAGACCAGUUGUGACGAUAAAUGCUCAGCUUCUUCUCUCCCCAGUGAUUGUAAAUCCAGAAAAUAAAACCUGUGAGCUUCCUGGUUCUAUGACCUUAGUGGCCUGUUUUACUGUAACAGUUUGUGCAGAUUUUCAAAGUCCAGGUUUUUCAGAUAAAAUAGUUCUGAAAGCUGAACUACAGUUAGAUUCACUAAAAACCAAAGGAGCUGUUAAGAGGACUCUCUUCCUUGAUUAUCAUCAGUCACAGCAUGUCUUCUCCUUCAUGAUAACUACACAGAAUUGGCUCACUUGCAAGGACUUUGUGGUUUAUCUUAGAGAUGAAACUGAAUUUAGAGAUAAAUUGUCUCCAAUCAAUAUUAGCUUGAACUAUAACCUGGAUGGAUCCACAUUUUCUGAUGCAUUAGCUGUGAGCCCAAUAUUGAACUAUUAUCAAGAAAACAGAAUGGAGGAACAGGCAUACAUUCUUGUGGAUUGUGGAGAAGACAACGUGUGCAUUCCUGACUUGAAACUUUCCGUUAUGCCAGAUAGGGAUCAGAUUGUAAUUGGGGAAGAAAACUAUCUCAUGCUUACAAUCAAUUCAAGAAAUGAAGGAGAAGGUGCCUAUGAAGCCGAGUUGCAUAUAACAAUACCCCCAGAAGCAGAUUACACAGGUGUUGAACGGAAUAACAAGGCACUACGUGUGCUGAGCUGUGAUUAUAAGAUGGAAAAUGAAACUAGAGCAGUGAUCUGUGAUCUUGGAAAUCCCAUGGCAGCUGGAACAAAUUUUUCUGCAGGUAUCAGAUUUACUGUUCAACAUUUUGAAAAUCCUGAACUGAGCGUUGAAUUCAAGCUCCAAAUGCAAAGUUCCAACAAAGUUAAUCCCAACAGUAAUUUGGUUGAACUUAAGAUUGACAUCAGUGCAAUAGCUAAUGUACAGAUCAGAGGAGUCUCUCAUCCUCCACAAAUUGUGUUGCCAAUUCAUAACUGGAAACCAAAAGAUGAACCUACCAAAGAAGAUGAGAUUGGACCUUUAGUGGAACAUAUAUAUGAGUUGCACAACAUUGGGCCAAGUGCUAUCAAUGAUACAGUUCUGUAUGUGGAAUGGCCGGUAUUGAGCAAAACAGAAUUCCUUCUUUACAUCCUCCACAUUCAAACACAUGGACCUCUGAAGUGUCAAACAAGUUCUGCAAUUAACAGUUUGGAAGUAAAGUUUACUGUCCCAGAAGACACUCCAGAGCUUGCUGCUUUUUUACGAAAUUCCUCCAUCCCUCACUCUGUUGGACGGAGGGAAGCCAAAUUGGUGGAGUAUGAAAAAGACUCUGCAAAAAUUCUGAACUGCACAAAUGUCGAAUGUUUAAUGAUCACCUGUUCUGUGGGUCUCUUGGAAAAAGGGAAAAGUGCUGCAUUGAAAAUCCGAUCUCGUUUAUGGGCUUCAACAUUUCUACAGAGGAAAAAUUACCGCUAUGCUCUUUCCAUCAGUGUGUCAUUUGAAGUAAAGAAGAUGCCAUACAAAGUUCAGCCAGUAAAACUUCCUGAAGGAAGCAUAGCUAUAAAAACAUCUGUUAUUUGGGCUACUCCAAAUGUUUCUUUUAUAAUCCCAUUGUGGGUUAUAAUAUUGGCAAUACUUCUUGGACUACUGGUUCUAGCUAUGUUGACCUUAGCUUUAUGGAAGUGUGGGUUUUUUGACAGAGCCAGGCCUCCUAGAGAUGACAUGGCCGAAAAAGUGCAUCUAACAAAUGACAAGACUACUGAUACAUAGAAAAUGAGUGUCCGGAUCAAGAGUUUGGGUUCAUGUUACCAGGAACCUUAAUUUGGAUCAAGAUUGCCAAAUAGCUGUAAUUGGACCUAUGCAAAUAUUCUACAUAUUCAGAACAUAGAUGACAGAAAACACUACUGCCUCAGAACUGAUGAGCAACCUUCCGUCCAAAAAGAGCUAAUGAAAAAGAAUUGUUUCAGUUUUUCAGAACUGAUUCUUAGUGAAAUUACUGCGUACAUUAAAAGCAGUCAUAAAUCCAAAUGGAGCAGAGGUGGAAAGCCAACAACACUUGGCACAGUGUUCAACUCUACUGUAUAUUGGCAAAAUCUUGAGGCAUCUCCCUAAGAUUGGAACUUUUAUAAACACUGGCUCAGGGAGGCAAGCAAUAUUAUGGGUAGUAUUAAAGUACCUCCAGAAAGCAAAACUAGCCUUUCAAAAUAUUUCUUGAAAGUAAGACACACAAGUAUUUAUCUUCUACCUUUUGUACUCUGGGCAUCUACCAAAAAUAGGGUCUGAAAUAUUUUGGUUUCACUUGUAAAUAGAAUAAAUAUAUCCUUUGCAUUCCAUAUAUUAAUUAUAAAUGUUUGGAAAGAAGCAAUAUUUUAUAUUCCUUUGUAGGAGUAAAUGUAUUAUAAAAUUUAUAAAAUUUAAGAGCUUGAAAGUGAGCCUCAAUACAAAAGCAUGAAAUAGAAAUUUCCAUUUAUUUAAUGACUCUACAUGAUGAACAUAACAGAUUAAAAUUGUUUGCAAUAUCAUGAUUGUAAGGAAAAGUAUGGUAUUCUAGGGAGAAAACAGAAGCCAAAAAGGAGAAGUGUUGGAUCUCUAUAGAUCAGUGGUUCUCAACCUUUUUAAUGCCGAGACCCCCCAACCGGUCGUAAGUCGAGGACUACUCAACCGGUUGUAAGUCGAGGACUACUCAACUGGUGCAGCACUGUUUGCAGAAUG